AGCCGCGUCCUCUUUCUCCCCGACCGCUUCCUCUCCCCCCACCCCCGCCACGCGAGGCUGCGGCGCACGGUAUGGGUGUGUUUGUGUGUAUUUGUGUGGGAAGGGCGUUUGGAGGGAAGGUUACCGGGAACUCCGAGGCCGCUGGGGGACGGGGAUCCCGGUAACAACGAUGGGGGCGUAUUUUCUCUCUUCCUCUUGGAAACCUCCACUCCCCCCUCAGGCUCCCUAGACACUUCCUGGGGCCCAAGCAGAGGUCGUACUCGUCCGGAGCGUCCCCUUCCUUUCUGGGGCGUGAAACCCAACCCCCGGGGCCCAUCCAGCGGAGCGCGAGCUGGGAAUGCCCGGGUCAACCCGGCCGUCCGAAAUCCGCGCCGGCUCAGCCUCCGGCCUCAGUUCGGAAAAGAGAUCUGCCUGUCGAUCUGGGCUGGGGGAAAGGCAGCCGUGGCCUGGGCCACAGGUGAGGGCAGAAUAACCGGUGGGAAGGCUGCGUUUUCACGAAGGACUCAGGUGAAACUGCAGAGCUGCCUUUGAGCCCCGACUCCUUGGCUUCCUGGGUCGGAGGAGAUCUUAUAAUGGAGUGGUUCUUCGUCUCACACUAACAAGAUGCCAGAUUUCCCCAGGAUCGAGGGAUUGAAGAAUGUCCCGGGUUCCAUUAGGGAAAGUCCUCCUGAGGAAUGUCAUCCGGCACACAGAUGCGCACAAUAAGAUUCAGGAGGAAUCAGAUAUGUGGAAAAUAAGAGAACUGGAGAAACAGAUGGAAGAUGCUUAUCAGGGGACCAAAAGGAAAAUGUUACCCAGCAGUUCAAGCCAGAUGCGUAGUGAUGGUUUUGAUGAAGAAAGUCAAAGAGACUAUUGGAGGCCAAAGAACGAAAUUUCUGGAACACUAGAAGAUGAUUUUCUUAAGGCUAAGUCUUGGAAUAAGAAGUUAUAUGAUUGUGAAGCUAACAUACCAGACAGAUGGGGUCACAGUGGUUAUAAAGAGUUAUACCCUGAAGAAUUUGAAACAGACAGUAGUGAUCAGCAAGAGAUUACCAAUGGGGAAAAAACAUCUCCCCAGGCAAAAUCAUCUACCCAUGAAUCCCGCAAACAUAAGAAGUCAAAGAAAUCCCACAAGAAGAAGCAGAAAAAAAGGUCACACAAAAAACAGAAGAAAAGCAAAAAGGAAGCCACAGAUGUAACAGCAGAUUCCUCAAGCGAGUUCUCAGAAGAAAUUGGGGCUCCUAGCACCAAGAAAAGGAAACAAUCACAUAAGCACAGGAAAAAAUCUAGAAAAAAGUCUGCAAAAAAAUCUGCUUUAUUCUUAGAAGCAGAAAAUAACACUUCCCAGUCUGAUGAUUCAGCAUCCAGCAGUACUGAUGAAAGUGAGGAAAGAGACACUAAGAAAACCAAAAGAAAAAAGAGAGAUAAAAAAGUCCAUAUCCCUGUAGCUAACAAUGAAAUACAGAAGAGGACAAAUAAACGCACAAAUUGGAAAGUAGCUACAGAUGAAAGGUCUGCUGAGAGCUCAGAAGAUGACUAAAUGGGAAAGAAACAUUGUUUCUCACAUGACUGUUUACAGCUCUUACUUCUUGGGGUUCUUCGAGUGACUCUUGUUCAGCACAAGGGGCCUGAGGUCAGAGCUGUCUUGUGCCAUCUGUAUGUUCUGACAGACUUGUAUCCUAUUUUGGCCUGUUAUACUUGAUCCCCUUUUAUUAGUAGGGAAUCUGGUAUUUUGUUAUGAAGGUUUCUUGGAGAGAUUAUUUUUUGCAAUUAAUCACACUUAGCAUAGAGCACAUAUUCAGCAAAUCAAGGGACCCAGAAAACUGGAUCCAGUAAGGACCUGAGUACACCAACUGGAAUACUGAAUUUUUGAAAUCUGUUAAUGAAUUUGGGGAAAUCGAAGGCUGGGAUCACAAGGUGGAUUGGAACUGGUGCUGUGUAGAAUGGUAUGACGAAGGAACACUAUGUUGUUCUCUUUGUUUAUGGAGUAGGUGUCAUGACUUGAUUUGUCUUUA